AAAGCCUCCCUCAGCGCGUCACUUCCCGAGCAAGAUGGCGGCGCCCGCGGGGCCAUGAACGAUGCGGCUCACUCGGAAGCGGCUGUGCUCCGCGCUGCUGGCCGCUUACUUGCUCUUCUCCCUCUACGCGGCUUACAGCGUCUUCCUGAAGCCCCGCCGCCCGGCUGCCUCGCGAGCUGCCGCCCCGAGGGAGAAGCAGGGGCGAGAACAUGCUGUUUUGGGAACUGAAGAAUGGAAUCCUUGGGAAGUUGAUGAGAAAAACGAUUUGCAACGGAAGUCUGCAAAUAGUCUUCAACUGUUAAAAAAGAUGCAAGUGCAACAGGAACAAACAGACCUGAGGGUACAAAUUUGGGGGAAAGCUGCUAUUGGCCUUUACCUGUGGCAGCAUAUCUUUGAAGGUCUGCUUGAGCCUGCUGAUGUGUCAGCCCAAUGGAGAGAAGGAAGCGUCACAGCAGGGAAAUCAUUAUUCAGCUUCAUUACGGGUCCAGCUGUAGUCCCCGGCUACUUCUCAGUAGAAGCUGACAAUGUGGUUCUGGUGCUGAAUGGCCGAGAGGAAGAAAAGAUCUCCUACGCCACUCAGUGGCUGCAUUAUGCACAAACAUUAGUACAAACUCACAAGCUGCAGCAUGUUGCUGUUGUGUUGCUUGGAAGUGAACAGUGCAGAAAUGAAUGGAUUUCCCCUUACUUAAAAAGAUAUGGAGGGUUUGUGGACCUGCUCUUCAUAAUAUACGACAGCCCCUUAGUGAACGAAGAAGAUAUUUUCCACUGGCCUUUGGGAGUUGCUACCUACAGAUAUUUUCCUGUAGUUGAACCGAGUUGGUCAAUGCUCCACACGCCAAGACCGUAUCAGUGUAAUUUCUUAGGAACCAUUUAUAAGAACUCAACACGAGAGAUCCUAGUGGACGUCCUGAAGCAAAAUGGACUCGAUAAGCUUUGUUGGAUUUCAGCCAGAGAAGAGUGGUGGCCUCAGGAAACAAAUGAGAGCCUUCGAAACUACCACGAUGCAUUGCUACAGAGUGAUCUCACGUUGUGCCCAGUGGGAGUAAAUACAGAAUGCUACAGGGUUUAUGAGGCAUGCUCAUUUGGCUCCGUUCCUGUUGUAGAAGAUGUAAUGACACCAGGCAAUUGCGGAAAUUCAUCUGUGUCCCACAGUGCCCCACUGCAAUUACUAAAGACCACGGGAGCUCCCUUUAUCUUUAUUAAAAACUGGAAAGAACUUCCUGCCAUUUUAGAAAAAGAGCAAAAUAUGACUUUGCAACAAAAGAUUCAAAGGAGGAAACAGCUUAUGGAAUGGUAUCGGCAAUUCAAAGCGCAAAUGAGACAAAAAUUUAUUAGUGCAUUGGAAAAUUCCUUUUUAGCUAAGGACGGAGGGGGUUAAUUGUUACUCUGAAUAGACUAUAGUGUAAUGAGGGUCGUAGGAAGCCAGAGCUGCUUCCCGCAUUGUUUUUUCUCUCCACGAAAUAGAAAUGUAAACAUAAAUGCAUGUCCACAAUAUAAGGAUCCUGCAUGAAUACCAGCUGUCAUUGUUGACGAAAUGGAUUCGCAUGCCACCUUGCGGUCCCAUCCACUAUGGGACUCCCCAGAGCAGAUUUGGAGGGAGAAAAAGAGGAAAGAACAUCGUUUUGCAUGAGCAGAAGUCUGCUUGUAUAGUGUUAGAUGUUGCCUAACAGCCUGAAAAUGAAUUAAGAACUCAUUUUACAAAAAAAGAAAGUCUUGUCACUGAAGAAUCUGCCUCAAAUCACAUCAAUAAGUUUAUUUGUUUAUUUUCAAUAUUUAGUUACCACCCAAUAACUAAAGUUCCUUGAGCGGUUCGUCAGUAAAAAUUGAAACCAUAGAACAUAUAAUGAAAUGUAUGUUAAAUCUAAGCAACGACAAAACAGAGCACUCCCCUAUUAGCAAGGCCCAAUUCAUGCAAAAUAAUAAGAAUUGUAAUUUUAUUAUUUGUAUCCCACCCAUCUGACUGGGUUGCCAUUCACUCUGAGUAGUAAUUUUGCAGUUACAGGUAGGUAGCCGUGUUGGUCUGCCGUAACAGUCGUCCACAGGUUUACCACCAUAGCUGCCAAGUUAUCCCUUUUUUUAAGGGAUUUUCCCUUAUGCUGAAUAGGCUUCCUUGCGAGAAAAGGGAAAACUUGGCAGCUAUGUUUACCACACCUAUCAGCCAAUCACCCAUUCCCACCACCCUUCUGAGUAAUACCCCUCCCCACCCUCUCACUAUAUAUAAGGGUCUGGUGACUUCUGUUUCAGUGUAUCUGAAGAAGUGUGCAUGCACACGAAAGCUCAUACCAAUGACAAACUUAGUUGGUCUCUAAGGUGCUACUGGAAGGUAAUUUUGCAGUAAUAGCUAUAGGGGGUGGGGGGUAGGGACAACCACCACAACUACAUAAUGACUGUGGAGCCCAGAUGCCAUUUGUAUGAAGUGUAUUCCCAUGAGGGUCUCUUCUUAUUUAACCUUGAGAAUGCAUACUCAUAGGAUGGUUAAAAAUCAUUGCCUAUGCAUGGGGGAAUCACUUCAAGCAAACAGCUUGCUGCAAGAAGCAGCCUCUAUGUGAUUGCAUUUUUGGCUGCCAUGUCACCAAUCCCAUAUAUAUAUAUGAAUGGAGCUAAUGUCUUGCAGGUCUGGGUGGAAGGGCGCUCAUAGAUGUGUAGGCAGGUGUUUGCACACUCCGCAAUACUAACGGUUCUACGGAGUACAUGCAGUUUAAAAUGCAUCUAUUUUUAAAAAGAUGAACUUAAAGUAUUAAAAAAGAAAAGUUGUGUUGCAAUUGUUUAUAAGUUGAAUAUAGUCCAGUUUAUUUCUUUCUUUAAAAAAAAUAUUGAUUAAAGAUUUUCCUCGUUU